GGCGGGGUUUGUGGAGGAAAAUGGCUGCCGCUUGGGGCUUGUCCCUAACCGCUGCGGCUCUGAGAGCGGUCACUCCCUGGCCAAGGGGCAGCAGGCUCCUCGCGGCCUCCCGCGGACGUCGGGCUCUUCGGGAAGUGUCCUCCAGCCCCGAAGCUGGCGAAGGGCAGAUCCACCUCACCGACAGCUGCGUCCGGAGGCUUCUGGAAAUCACCGAAGGGUCAGAAUUCCUCAGGCUGGAGGUGGAGGGAGGUGGAUGCUCCGGAUUCCAAUACAAAUUUUCACUGGAUACAGUUAUCAACCCUGACGACAGGCAAGGAGAAGAGGGGGUAUUUGAACAGGGUGGGGCAAGAGUGGUGGUUGACUCUGAUAGCUUGGCCUUCGUAAAAGGGGCCCAGGUGGACUUCAGCCAAGAACUGAUCCGAAGCUCAUUUCAAGUGUUGAACAACCCUCAAGCUCAACAAGGCUGCUCCUGUGGGUCAUCCUUCUCUGUCAAACUUUGAUGGGAUGAUAGGUGACCCAGAGAUUGCUACCAUUUGUACCAAUUUGAGGAACCUGGGAUUAGAAGAAUUCUAGAGGUUUCCUUCCAAUCAUGUCCCUCUCUCAAUUUUAUUUCCCUCAAUCCAGGAGUCCUGUAUUUUGCCACUAUUUAUUUUCAGAAUAUGAAGCUUUUACUCUUGAGUUAAUUUCUCCAACCACAAUUGUAAGGCCAGGCCUCUAGAUGCCGUUACCUAAGACUUACUAACUGGUUGAAACCCAGUAUAAUCUGUAGAACCUGCAAGGUUCCAGAAUUUGAAGUUACUUUUCUGGCCUUCAGAGCUGCUUGUACAUAUGUGUAGGGCUUCAUUUUAAAUAAAGUCCUUAAUUACUUGU